AUGUCAAAACCAAAGUGCGCCGGCCUCCUUGAGAAGCGGGACGAGUGCUCCGGCGACGUGCGCCGCCACGACUUGUUCCAUGGCUCCGACGAGCCUCCCCCCAACAAAGACAGCAGGGACGGCUGCCGGCCCUCCGACGAGCCCGCGCAGGGCGGCCGCCAGGCUGUCGCUUUCGAUUUCGUAGACGGUGGGGCCGACGCCGAGGCCGCGGAGGAGCCGCUCGACGGCGAGGCACAUGCAGCACGUGCUCGAGCUCAAUAUCACCACCGCACCCGACGAUGCCAUCCGCUCGAUGCUCUCAAACGGCCAUCGGUGGCUGGCUGUAGAAGCCACUUUCCGGCGGCGGGUAAGUCUGGUAAGAAUUUGUCGCCCCCGCCGGAGAAAAUACAGAUCCAACCGGAGGAGCAUAACCCGGCUGCACCACCAUCGGCACCUGAUAAGCUACCGGCAUUGCCGUUUGCAUGUACUGUGGCACAGGAUAUGGCUGCACGGGUGGCGGCAAAGGCUGCACGGGUGGCGGAGAUGACGGUGGUGGAGGUUUUGCCUCGUCAGACGCCAUCGAGUGCUGUGGGAUGUACAAGUGUAUUGCCGAUAACGCCCUCGGAGGCGAGAGAUGAGAGGACGAAAGAGAGCAUUUGGGCAGAGGAAGUGGAGGCCGCCAGCUUGGCGGCUACGGCGGCGGCUGCUGAUUUGGGGUCGUUGGGAUUUGCGGGGAAAGGGGAAUUCGGAGUGUACGGCGCAGCGGAGGAUGAUUGCUCCGUGGGUCCUGGCGGAGGGAUUGUGUCGUCUUGUUGUGGUGCUGCGCUGUUGUUGCUGCUACCCACCAGCUGCCUGUAUAUAGUGUCUGCUUCUUCAGAUCGUGUUUGGGCUGCCUGA